AUGCUCGACUCCAUCCCCCUCACCCGCAGCCGCCGCAGCGAUGAGCUGACCCGCCUGGCGGACCAGCACCUACAACACGACCUGACGGCCUCCGACCGCGACGCGCUGCAGUCCGCCGCCCGCACCGUCUCCCUCUGGACAACCGUUGGGUCGGCUGUGGGCGUGGGACUGGGAUUGUACACAGCCUUCCGGCUCCGGAGCUCGCGUCGCGCCUUCUUCGAGGUCUUUCGCGCGCAGCAGAAGCCAACGCAGGUGGUGUUUGCGGACGGGCGGACUGAAUCCAUCCCCGAUAUCACUCCGCUGCUGAAACCCACCACGUUCGGCGACUUUGCCACGUAUUUCUUUGCCUCGGCCGGCGGUUUGUUUCUGGGCGGGGAGUUGGGUGGUGCCGCCGUCGGCAGUCGGGGGAUCACCAACGAGCCCGAGCGACGGAAGCGCAUCGAGAAUGCCUUCCGGCGGUUCCGGGCGGAUGUGCUGCGCCGCGAGGCGGAUGCGUUGGACGGCGAUCGGAAUAUUAUUGAGAAGAUGUUUUAA